AUACACUAACAGCCUGCAAGGACAUGCCUUUCCUGAAGACUGUUCGGACUGAAUCCCAGAAUCGCUUGAGAUAACAACCAACGAUACACGUUUUAUACAGACGCCAUUUUCACCAGAACCGAGAACUUUUUUUUCCCUUCAGAUUUUUACUCUUAGAAAACAGAGACUAAACGCAGAUGUGCAGGAUGUUGCUGAAACUCUUAGCAGUGCUGUUCUUGUCCUCGGGUGCUUUAAGAGCACAAAGAUCGACUCAGGACGCAUUUAUGUUGGAAUACUUUCAGAGGAGAAUCUUGGAGAUGGAGGAACGACUAAUAAGAUGUGAUCAAGACAUCCAGAAAGUCAACCAGCGGAUGUACGACAUGUCCGCAGAGAUGCGAGGUCAGGUUGGCACCGUGAACGCACUAAAGUCAGAGAUUCAUGGCUAUGUGGAAAGCCUGGCCACACGGGUGGACCGAGUUGAAAGAGAUGUUGAGUACCUACACAAUAAACUUCCUGACACAUCUAGCGUUGAGAUCUCAGACUCUCUGCUGGAUCAACAAGUUCAAGAAACCCAAAGCAAGAGGAAAGCAGUUAUCACAGCGGGAAAAGAGUGUAGCACCAGAUUGUCUGGCAUCAAAUCACAGAAAAUCCUCAAGAAGGCAGGAGAUGCAGUAGGCUCAUGGCUAAAAGACCCAACCAUAGGCUCCUCUAAGAUCUAUUUCUUUAGCGGCUCCAGAAAUAACACGCUGCUUCAAUUUGGUUCUCUGAAGAGUUUCACCGAAUCCAAUACCAGCAAGCCCAAGGUCAUCCAGCUCCCUCGGCCAUGGCAGGGAACAGGCCACGCCAUCUACGAUGGCUUUGUCUACUAUCACAACGCUGACACUCAAAACGAAGUGCUGAAGGUUAGCCUUGUCAACCGCACCGUGGCCGACCGCAUGCUUCUUCCUACCGCUGGCCGCAUACCUACCUAUGGACUCACCUCUCACACUUUCCUUGACUUCGCUGUUGAUGAGAUGGGAUUAUGGGUCAUCCACGCAGAUCCGGACAUUGGCGGGAAUCUUGUGAUCACCAAGCUGGACUCCAAAAGUCUGUCAACGGAGCACACAUGGGAUACGACCUGCAAGAGCCGCAAUGCUGAAGGUGCCUUCAUAGUCUGCGGCACCCUGUAUGUUGUCUACAACUCGCACUCUGGAGGACGCUCCAGCAUCCAGUGCCUGUUUGAUAUCCAUGACACCAUCUGGAUUGAGGAUUUGCCUGUGAUGUACUUCCCAAAAGGCUACUCCAGCCACUCCAGCAUGCACUAUCAACCACAAGACAAGCAGAUCUAUGCUUGGGAUGAUGGCUACCAAACCGUCUACCAUUUGGAAGAAGUGAAGAAGUUGUUACAAGUAACAUAAAUUACAGUAAAACAACACUGCAUGUUUCUACCUAGUCACCUGGUCUCCGUUUAUCCGUUUAUCAUCACAUUUUCUGUCCUACAUCAGGUUGUACCAUUACCGUACAGUAUAUAUUUUUAGUAUGAACCUUUUUACCUGAGAAAGUGAAUGUUGUGUAACAUUAAAAUCUGUUUAAAGCAAAG